AUGAAGGUGAAGAAGGGUGGCGGCAGGGCCGGGACCGGGGCGGGGCCCGCUCCUGGGGCUUCGGGCCUUAGCGUGGAGUCCACGCAGGGUCCACGAGUGGAAUCUGAAUCAGAGUCCGAGUCGGAGCCGGAGGCAGGCCCGGAGCCCAGACCGGGGCUGCUGCAGGGAAAGCAGCCCAUCGGGCCGCAGGAUGUGCUGGGGCUGCAGCGGAUCACUGGCGACUACUUGUGCUCCCCUGAGGAGAAUAUCUACAAGAUUGACUUCGUCAGGUUCAAGAUCCGGGACAUGGACUCAGGCACUGUCCUCUUUGAAAUCAAGAAGCCACCUGGUUCAGAGCGGUUGCCCAUCCAUCGGCGGGACCUGGACCCCAAUGCUGGGCGCUUUGUCCGCUACCAGUUCACGCCUGCCUUCCUCCGCCUGAGGCAGGUGGGAGCCACGGUGGAGUUCACAGUGGGAGACAAGCCUGUUAACAACUUCCGGAUGAUUGAGAGGCACUACUUCCGAAACAAGCUGCUCAAGAGCUUUGACUUCCACUUUGGCUUCUGCAUUCCCAGCAGCAAGAACACCUGCGAGCACAUCUAUGACUUUCCCCCUCUGUCGGAGGAGCUGAUCAGUGAGAUGAUCCAUCACCCGUAUGAGACACAGUCUGACAGCUUCUACUUUGUGGAUGACCGGCUGGUGAUGCACAAUAAAGCAGACUAUUCCUACAGUGGGAUACCCUGACCCCCAAAACUGCUCUCCACCCCAGGAAGCUCUGGCCUAUGGCCUCAACUGUGCCCUCUCCAGACUCACCUCUCAACCCCACAUCUUCUGUUUGGGGUGUGCUCCAGGAGCCCUGGACCCUGUGCCAGUGUUGGGAGGAAGAGCGCCUGGUGUCCCCAGGUCAAGCCCCUGACACCCCUGGGCCCUGAGCGUGGGCUAAGGUGUUGGGGAGCCGUUUGCUUCUAUGUCCUUCUAGGCUUCCUGAAAGAGGAUCAGCCAGGACUUCCAUACAGCCUAGCUUGGCCUCCUUGGGCCCAGGUUUCACAAUACUGUUUCCUGCUCCAGACUGUGACUAGGUCAGGACAAGGAUCUGUUCUCUGUCCUCUGUCAGCCACAUCUAGACCAUUUAGAUUGUAAAUUCUCAGACAAGAUCCAUAGGGGGUGUGGGCCUCAGCUCCAGACUCUCUCAUCAGGGACCAAGACACUGGCUGAGAUGUGGAGGGACCAGUCUAGAUUUCAGCCUGUACUAGGAGCUGGACCAACUGUACAUAGUUUUCAAUAAACUUUCUCCUUUUUCGU